GUUUCUUUAUGCGCUCCUAUUACAAAUAGUGCGGCAGCCCUAAGCGUCGCGUCUAUGCGGGGAAUUACAGUAACCCGGUGGUCUGUGAUGAGUCAGAGUGCGUGGUGCUGCUGCUGCUGCCGUUUCAUCACCUCCGGGAGCGCAGCAUCCAUCCUUCUGCUCUCCCUGAGCCUGGGCCUACCUCGCCUCGGGCUCCCCGGCCAGCGAUGUGCUUGCGGCUGAUCUAGAUCCCGACCGAGACGCGCUCUCUUAAGCCCCUUCCCGCCGCCCACGGCCCGGGCCAAGGAGACCUGCUGAGCCCCGGCCAUGGAGGCCAUCUGGCUGUACCAGUUCCGCCUCAUUGUCAUCGGGGAUUCCACGGUGGGCAAGUCCUGUCUGAUCCGCCGCUUCACUGAGGGCCGCUUUGCCCAGGUUUCGGACCCCACCGUAGGGGUGGAUUUUUUCUCCCGUCUGGUGGAGAUCGAGCCUGGAAAACGCAUCAAGCUCCAGAUCUGGGAUACCGCGGGUCAAGAAAGGUUCAGAUCCAUCACUCGCGCCUACUACAGGAACUCAGUAGGUGGUCUUCUCUUAUUUGACAUUACCAACCGCAGGUCCUUCCAGAAUGUCCAUGAGUGGUUAGAAGAGACCAAAGUACAUGUUCAGCCCUACCAAAUUGUAUUUGUUCUGGUGGGUCACAAGUGUGACCUGGAUACACAGAGGCAAGUGACUCGCCACGAGGCAGAGAAACUGGCUGCUGCAUACGGCAUGAAGUACAUUGAAACAUCAGCCCGAGAUGCCAUUAAUGUGGAAAAAGCCUUCACAGACCUGACAAGAGACAUAUAUGAGCUGGUUAAAAGGGGGGAUAUUACAAUCCAGGAGGGCUGGGAAGGGGUGAAGAGUGGAUUUGUACCAAAUGUGGUUCACUCUUCAGAAGAGGUUGUCAAGUCAGAGAGGAGGUGUUUGUGCUAGUCAGCCCUUUUUUCAAAACAUGCUCUCCCGCCGGAAUUUAAAGUCAUCAAAAUGAAAAGAAUCCUUGUGUGACUGAAGAGAACUCAACUUUAAUUUUAGAUGCCAAGUGAGCCUCAUUCCCUAGAGGUACUCUGACAGGCCAUGAGCAGGUGGAUGGGGCACCCCUGAGGGACUGAAUUACUGGCAUGUUUCGUGGCUCAUGCUGGGAAGUGACUACUCUGUGUGCCCUUGGUGGACCACAUGUCAAAGGGGCUGAGGUUUGGGGAGCUAGACCCCAGAAAAAUACACUCACAGACAAAACAGCUGUUUCUUGGUAUUUCAGCUCACACAUAGGUCAUGAACAUAAAGAAAUAUGUAGGGGAAAAAGCUUCACUUUGGGAACAGUUAACAAAACUGAAAAAGACUAUGAGAUCAGCAUAAUCAGUGAUUAUAUCCUGUACCCAAUGUGUGUGCUGGGUUUGGUUGAAAGGUGCCAGUUAGCUUCUAGGCAGCUCAUCUGUAAAAUGAGGAGCAUGGACCAGCUGUUUCCUAAAACCCUUUCAAGGCCUGAUGUUCUAAUGAAAAUGGUGUGACUAUGAAAAGGGAGGCCAUCUACACACCAUUAUUAUCACAUUCGCGAAAAUGUACACCCUGUGACAGAAUAAACAGCUAUGUGAACAAAAUUGUCCCAUGCAAAUUAUCUUGUAAGCAGAUGACAGGAACACAGCAAACUAAACGCCAUACCCUCCCUCCCCUCUGCCUACUCCUGGGGUUUCAUCGCAUCAGCAGCUGCAAUCUAGAACUACACUGCCUGUCUCUUCAAGUACCUGGUGGAAAUGGCUGCUGAGAGGUGCCACAGGGAUUGCCUCUGAAAGGAGCCCUGAGUACCUGCUCAACAGGAGGUGCUGUGACCCUUACAAGCAUGUUACAGUCUUUUGAAUCACUCAUUUGAUCAUCAUAACAGGCCUGUGAUAUUUUCUUCUCCAUUUUAUGAAAGAAUAAACUAAGGGGCAGGAGACACUUGGCCAAGGUGAAGGUCUGACUGCUGGUUCUUGUUUCACUACAUCAUCAGAUGAGUGAACUGUUCUUUUGUUUACUUGACUGUAAAUACUCUGUACAUGUUAGGAUAUGUUUCCUUAUUGAUUACAACUCAGCUGUAAUCCUGAGGGAACCUGGGGAUGAAUCAAAGGUAAAGCCCAUUCAGGUAUUAUUGACAAGAGGGCUUUAAACAAGCAAAUAAUUGCACAACUGAAAAGACAGAACUAUUAUUGAAAGGAACCAAAUACAGCAGUGGGGGAGUGGCAUGGGGAUAAUGUACUCACCUCACAAGGACCUUAGCCUCCUGUUUGACGCACACCUACACUGGGUUCCUGUCUACCCUAGAGUCAGUUCGUAAUUCUCAGGUGAAUAGACAGCUAACUGCAUCAGAAAAUUGGAAUGGUUGGCUUGAGGUUCCAUUAUCUUCUUGAAAAGAGGUGAUACUUUAAAUUAUUGUUUUGGAUUGUAGCCAGUGGAGCUAGGCUAAAGCCAUACUUUUCACAGUAAGAAAAUAAUUCUGAUUAGAGUCAGGUUUCUCACAUCCAUGGUGAGAGGAAAACCUGAGAAUGGUAAAUUGCUAUUGAACAUUAUUGUGAAUGUGACUGAAUCUGAAAGUCUUGGAAUUUACUUCAGCCAGAAUAAAGAAGCCAAAUAAUGAAACUGUGGCAACAAGCCACUUUGGACCAACCUGCAUCAUCAGCUACAAGUUGGCUUGGGGGUGGGGGCGGGGAAUUAAGCUGCCAGCUUUGCGGUUGUACAAGGUAAGCAAAAAAUGGUAAAUUGGGUUAAGACAAGUUUCAUCAACUACUAUACUUAAUUAUAUUUAGAAGAUUCUGAAAGCAAGAUUAUCCAGUGGAUAAAUGAAAGUUGACUGGAUUCUGUCAGUUCAAAGAAAGGCUAAAAACAAAAUUACAGUUUUCUUGACUGAAAUACAUUAUAUGUAUACCUUUCCCAUUCCUUGCAUUUUUAUAGGCAGGUUGAAGAAUAGUCAGCAUGGAUCCAGCAGAGGUGGUUGAUCUUAAUUGCUUUAACAAGUUCCAGAAACUUUAAAAAACAUUUUAAUAGAAUUCAGUGCUGUCACUGCAAUAAGUGGGUUUUAGAAAAUAAGUGUGAAAAAAUCAGGUGUUAAUACAAUAUUAAGGAUAAAGCUUUAGAAGCUAUUUUACUACAUAGGUAAAGAAAAGAUAAACUAACUUGUAACAAAGACCACAACUGCAUGUUGGAUUAGAUUGUCUUUAUUCCAGAAUAAAAUGUACUGUAUACUUUGCCUCACUUUGUUGUGCACUGUAAUGAAAUGUGAAAAAAUGUUUUCUUUAGCUGUAUGUGAAUGAGAUUUGCUUGUAUUUAGUAAAAUGGCUGAUUAUGUAA